ACAAUGUUACGAACUUUUAUUUUCUGUGUAGUGAAGUCGGAGUGUUUUGGUUUUUUUGCAAUUUCUGCUGCUGCAGUUUUCACGUGAAUUUCCGAGUAAUUCGCACGUGUAUCCCCCGAAAUGGCCUUAAGACUCGUGAAGUUGACCCAGAAUGUUGUGGCCCCAGCUCUGAGCAGGACAUAUGCCAUGGCUGCAUCGGCUGAAAUUCAGAAAAGUCCUUUGCAGAAGAAGAUUACCAAAAUCCCAAAUGCUCAGUACGGAGGACGACAUGCAGUGACAAUGCUGCCGGGAGGAGGAAUUGGACCCGAAUUGAUGAACUAUGUUCGCGAUAUCUUCAGCUACGCUGGGGUUCCGGUGGAUUUCGAGGUGAUCGACAUCGCAGGCACGGAAGAUGGGAAUGAUGACCUAGACUAUGCCAUUACGUCCAUUAAGCGCAACGGUGUCGCAAUUAAGGGCAAUAUUGAGACAAAGAGUGAGGAAGCCGGCGUAAUCUCGCGCAAUGUGGCCCUAAGGAAUGAACUCGAUCUCUUUGUUAAUGUAAUGAAUUGUCGAACGUACCCGGGUGUGGUGACCCGCCACCAGAAGCCCAUUGAUAUUUUAAUUGUACGCCAAAACACAGAGGGUGAGUAUGCCAUGUUGGAACAUGAGAGCGUUCCUGGGGUCGUGGAGAGCAUGAAGGUCGUUACGAGGGAGAAUUCUGAGCGUGUGGCGCGCUAUGCCUUCGAGUAUGCCCGGCAGCAUGGCCGAAAGAAGGUGACAACAAUCCACAAGGCUAACAUCAUGAAGCUCUCCGAUGGGCUAUUCCUCCAGGUGUCGCGAGAACUGGCAAAUGAGUACCCAGAGAUUGAGCACAAUGAUAUGAUCAUUGAUAACUGUUGCAUGCAACUUGUAUCGAAUCCCUAUCAAUUUGACGUAAUGAACACAACGAAUCUCUAUGGAACAAUCAUAACGAAUGUCAUCUGUGGAUUAAUUGGGGGUGCAGGACUCCUGUCGGGAAAGAACUACGGUGAUCAUUAUGCAAUUUUUGAACCUGGCACCCGAAACACUGGAACCGCCAUUGCAGGGAAGAAUAUCGCGAAUCCCGUGGCAAUGCUCAAUGCUGCUGUUGAUAUGCUCAACCAUUUGGGCCACAAGCAUCAUGCUACAAUAAUUUCUGAGGCAAUUUAUAAAACAAUCGUCGAAGAUAAUAUUCGUACAGCAGACAUUGGUGGAAGCAGCAGUAGCACAGAAAUUGUUGAGAAUGUUAUCAAGUAUCUCUCAACAAAGGUUACCCACUGGCCCGUCGGCGUUGAUUAUACUAAUUAGGCAGAAGAAAAAAAAAAUGAAGAAAUUGAUAAGCAAAUCUAAAUUAUAUAAAAAAGAUGUUUUUGUAAUAUUUAAAUUCAUUCAAAACUAGGCAAAUAAAAUUGAAUUUAAAUUGCAAAAAUUCAAAAUUUAUCGGAAAAUAAAAAAAUUACAAAGUAAUGAACAAGAUGAGAAAAAAGGUAUGGAUUGUAGAAUUUGUCAUGUUUUAAAAUUGUUUUCUUUUUUAGUGUUUCUUUAGAUAAAAAAAAAAGUCCUUAAUUGAUAUUUAACACAAUUUUUCCUAUUGUUUUUGCCUUUACACUUGCAUACUGCAUGUAACUUUAUUUAGAAAUUUGUAAUGGUCUUUUGUCAAUAAAAGGGGUAUUCAAUUCACGUAAAAAUAUACUUUACUAUACAGCCAUAUAAAGUCUUACCUAUAUUGAAAGUUUUAAGAGAUACAAAUAUUGGGGUCGAUUCUGAUAAAAAAAAACUUUUCUUUUCUAAUAACUUUAAAGUUUUUAAAUCUUUUUAUUGUCGUUUUCUACAAGAAAAAGAAAGAAUUUUUUGAUAUAGAAAAUAGAUAGGAAAGAUCUUUAAAAAGCCAUUGAAAAGUAAAAUUUUCCUUCAAAUACACGAUUAAAUAAAGAAAUAAAAUAUUAAAAUCUCAUAAGAUUUUUCCCAGAAUACCAAAAAUCUAAUAACUAAUUAUUUGUAAGAAGAGAAAAGAAAAGAUUUAAUUUUACAAAAAUAUUUAUUUACAAGAAAAAUGUUUUUAUUUUUUUUUAUCUAUAGUUAUUUAUUGAAGUUUUAAUUGGGUUUUUUUUGAACAUAAAUUGAAUUGAAUGCCUCUUAUACAGUUACAUCACCUCAAUUACAUACAAUUUUCCUUUCAAAUUCAUUUUAGCUGUGUUUCUUUCAGACACAGCUUUUGUGUACCGAGCAAAAUCGAAAGUCGUCAGAUCGGGCUCAAACUUGGGAUGAGCACGAAUUAGGGUCCCCACAUUCCAAAAAACGUAUGCGCCAAAAAUUUUUUUUUCCGGCCGGCCGGCCGUCCGUCCGUCCGUCCGGAGUUCAGAGCUAAAUUGCAAGAGAACGGUAAUAGAUAGAGACUUGCGGUAAACGGCAAAGUUUAAAAGUCGACUGGAAGACGUCAGAUUAUGACGUCAAAUUUUACCCCCCACCCCCGCGUCCGCCAUUUUGAAUAACCUCAAAAUUUUGUUUUCGCUAUAUCUCAGCCGCUAUUAUAGUUAGAGGGCUGAAAUUUUGAUAUGUUGUAGGGGCCAUCAAGAGCUUUCCAACGAUACCUCAUUUUCGAAAAUCGGUCAAGCCGUUUAGCCAAUAUGGCCGCCACAAUUUUUCAUCGAAAAUCGACCAUAACUCGAAAACGGCUUGACCGAUUUCGAUCAACCCGGGCUCAAAUGAAAGAUCUCAAUAAACCCUACAACUCUCUAGAACAUCCGAAGUUUCAAAAGUGACCGCUAGGGGGCCAAAAAUCAAAAACAAAAUUUUCGAUGAGUUUUCGAUGAAUAUUUCGAAAACGGCGACAUAAAUUUUUUUCAUUUUUUGAUAUGUUGUAGCUGACCAUAUUAUCUAGCUUCAUACCAAAAAUGAAGAAAAUCUAUGGAUCCGUUCUCGAGAUAUAGCCUUCCAAAGUUGGCAUGUCAUAUCUCGGGUUCUACAAGUCCGAUCUUGAUCAACUAAAGCGCAAAUGAAAGGUUUCGAGAAACCCUACAAAUGUCUAGAACAUUGCAACUUCGAGAAAUGAUCGCAAGAGGCGCUAAAAUCGAAAACAAAGUUUUCGAAAAUUUCGAACUCGAAUUUUUCGAAAAUGGCGACAUAAAUUUUUUUCAUUUUUCGAUAUGUUAUAGCUGACUUCAAGACCUUUCAAACAAAAAAAAAUUUAUGAAAAUCUAUGGAUCCGUUCUCGAGAUAUAGCCUUCUAAAGAUUUCUUAGGGUAUGACUUUUCUACUUUUCCCGACUUUGCGCGUAUUUAAAUUAAUUUGCGUUCUAGUUUGCUCUCACAAAAUUGGUACACUGAAAGAAACACAGCUCUCGUAAGCUUGGUCAGCUUACCAGUACAUUUUGACCAUUUUUUCAUUUCAAUUUCAUUGCAAAUCUCUUCAAUUUCCAUUCAAUAUUAUGCAGUCUGCCAAUAAAAUAAAAUUCAAUAAAAUUUACCAAUAAAAGGUCGAACUGAUUGAUAUUAUUGUCGUUAUGUUCACUUAUCACAACAUAGGGAGCAAUUUUGGACAAAAUAAAAUAUAUUUUGUCUUUUGUGAAGUCUACAAAAGACAUUUUAUGAAGAGCAAUUUUGAAUAAAAUAUCUUUUGGGAGACUUUUGUUAUAUUUUGUCGCCUUUUGUGACGUGUUUUUCUUUCGAGUGGAGAGUUUACAGAUGGAAAAAAAUAAGAAGAAGAUAACAUUCCUAUUAGGUUAUGUUUACGUUUGGGGCAAUUGAACAAUCUGAACUGAAUCAAUUUUUAGGGAAAUUCAAAUCAAGCAUGCGUGUAGUCUAUUAGGUACCCCAAGGAUGUUGGGAAGACCAAAAAACCAUCUGGCUUUUAGCUCAUCAGUUCGAUUUUCAUAACACCAAGAAAAUGUUAAUGAGUCACUCUAAUAUGAUUGUUUUACAUGAAUUGAUUGACUCAUAUUUAUUGCCAUAAUUAGCCCUACAUAUUUCGUUUUUGCACAUAAAAACUCGCAUCGGGAACAUAGGGAAGGGAUCUCUGACCCAAAAUCCUGAUUAUAUAGGGUUAGAACUUGACAGCGAUCUCCCAAAUUUUUGCUGGAAAGACACAGAAAUUCUCCAUAACAUUUUUGCCCAACACCGCGAGAAGGGAAAAUGGACACAGCUAAAUUGGCUGAAUUUCAUAUCAUUCUACAAAUUUCCUUUGCACAAAGCUUCACAAUUAACCGAAAUUGCAUUAUUAUCCAUUGCUAUUUCGAGAAACAUGAUAGAAAACUUCUAAAAAAUGCAACGCAUAAACACCAGUUUGACAAAAGAUUUUGAUUUUAUAAAAGCACCUCGACGAGAUGCUUGUAAAACACAAAAUAUUUCUUGUGUAAUGUACAAAAUAUUUUGUGCAAAAUUACAAUUCUCCUGUAAAAAUCUUUUGUGGAGACGUUCUCACAAGAUUGUCAAAAGAUUGACACAAAAAAUCUUUUGUCUUUUGUCUAAAAUUGCAUUAAACGUCAAAAUUUUUCAGUUUUUCAAAAUAUUUCACCUUUUAUUGUACCUAAAAUUGCAAAAAUUUCUUUUGUGGAGAGAUUGACAAAAGUUUUAGAGAAAUAUUUUGUGCAAAAUUACAUUUAAUGUCAAAAUAUUUUGUAUUUUCAAAAUAUUUUGUCUUUUAUUUUGUCCAAAAUUGCUCCCAUAGUUUCAUGCUGAUCAAAAAAGAAAUUUUUCACUUUGUAGGGGGUUGAGGGAAUGCACUCUGCAACAAAAAAUAUCAUCGAGAAAUUUUAGCAAAUUUUCAUAUCUCAACAUAUAAUUGAAUUUAUGCGCGCUGAAUGUUUUAUAUAUUUAUAAAUACGACAGGAGAUUUUAUGCUGAUUUUUCUUCUCUUUUUUUUUUGGCAAAAAGAAGAAAGUUGUCUGGAAUAGUGUGCACAAAUAGAAAUUUCAUCAUGCAUUUUUCUUCAUUUCAUACAUUUUAUUCAAUUUUUUACCUCGAAAUUCUCAUUUUUCUUUCAUUAUAUUCUCCGUGCUGAAAUUUUGCAAAUUCUUUUAGCUGUAUUAGCCUUUUUCUUUGCAAAUUAAAUGCAUCAACAAAAUUCAUUCACAAUUUCUUGCAUCUUCUCAGUUAAUUAUCUCUCUAGCGCAGAGACUUUUAAUGCAAAAUUAAAUAUUUAUUUUCACACAAGGCUCUCUCUCUCAAUUACAUUUUUUUGCAAGCUAUAUUUUCUAUCUCCAAUUUUUCAUUGAUAGAGAAAAUAAUUUUAUUUUGUUAAUUCUUCCACAGAUUUCCUUCCACAUUUUA